GCUUCCUUUAAAACUGCUGCCGCCACCGAGGCUGGAGUUUGGAGUUUGACCUGUGUGGAACCUUUCUCAGCAACAGGCAAGGAGGCAGAACCACUGCUGUCCUCGGCCACUCUCUGCUGCAAAGGACAGGAAAUCCUAGGGGUCUCCCUUCUCCCAGUCACUGCUUUCUGCCUCUGAAGUCCCUACAGCCUAGGGCACCAGAGUCUGCAUCCAGAAGAAGAACAGGGACGUGCAUUCAGCACCAUGGAGAGUGGCACCCUCAGCCCUCAGCCUCCACAGUCUGAUGCCCUGGAGGCUUUCCCCCAGAAGAGUCUGGAGCCUGGGGACAUCGCUGUCCUGGUUCUGUACUUCCUCUUUGUCCUGGCUGUUGGAUUAUGGUCCACGGUGAAGACCAAGAGGGACACAGUGAAAGGCUACUUCCUGGCUGGAGGCGACAUGGUGUGGUGGCCUGUGGGUGCAUCCUUGUUCGCCAGCAAUGUUGGCAGCGGACACUUCAUCGGCCUAGCAGGAUCCGGUGCCGCUGUGGGCAUUUCUGUUGCUGCCUAUGAGCUUAACGGCUUGUUUUCUGUGCUGAUGCUGGCCUGGAUCUUCCUUCCCAUCUACAUUGCUGGUCAGGUAACCACGAUGCCGGAAUACCUCAGGAGACGAUUCGGGGGCAGGAGGAUCUCCAUCACUCUGGCUGUGCUCUAUCUGUUCAUCUACAUCUUCACUAAGAUCUCGGUAGACAUGUAUGCAGGUGCCAUCUUCAUUCAGCAGUCCCUGCACCUGGAUCUGUACCUGGCCAUCGUGGGGCUCCUGGCAAUCACAGCUCUGUACACUGUUGCAGGUGGUCUGGCUGCUGUUAUCUACACAGAUGCUCUGCAGACUGGGAUCAUGCUCAUAGGGGCAUUCACCCUGAUGGGCUACAGUUUUGCAGCUGUCGGUGGGAUGGAAGGCCUGAAGGACCAGUACUUCUCAGCCCUGGCUAGUAACCGGAGUGAGAACAGCAGCUGUGGGCUGCCCCGAGAAGACGCCUUCCACAUCUUCAGAGACCCAGUGACCUCUGACCUCCCCUGGCCUGGGAUCCUAUUUGGAAUGUCCGUCCCGUCUCUCUGGUACUGGUGCACAGAUCAGGUGAUCGUUCAGCGGAGUCUGGCUGCCAAGAACCUGUCUCAUGCCAAAGGCGGCUCCCUGAUGGCUGCGUACCUGAAAGUGCUUCCCCUUUUCCUGAUGGUGUUCCCCGGCAUGGUCAGCAGGGUCCUCUUUCCAGAUCAAGUGGCCUGUGCUCAUCCUGACAUCUGCCAGCAGGUCUGUAGCAAUCCCUCUGGCUGUUCAGACAUCGCAUAUCCCAAACUUGUGCUGGAACUUUUGCCCACAGGACUCCGUGGGCUCAUGAUGGCUGUGAUGGUGGCGGCUCUCAUGUCCUCCCUCACCUCCAUAUUUAACAGUUCCAGCACCAUCUUCACCAUGGACCUGUGGACCCACAUCCGGCCACGGGCAUCUGAAAGGGAGCUCAUGAUUGUGGGCAGGGUGUUUGUGUUUGCGCUGGUGGUGGUCUCCAUCCUCUGGAUCCCCGUGGUGCAGGCCAGCCAGGGAGGCCAACUUUUCAUCUAUAUCCAAGCCAUCAGCUCUUACCUGCAGCCGCCGGUGGCUGUGGUCUUCAUUAUGGGAUGUUUCUGGAAGCGUACCAGUGAAAAGGGUGCCUUCUCAGGUCUAGUCUUGGGUCUGCUGUUAGGAUUGGUCAGGCUGGUCCUGGACUUUGUCUACGUGCAGCCUCGGUGUGACCAGCCCGAUGAGCGGCCGUCGGUGGUGAAGGACGUCCACUAUCUCUACUUCUCCAUGAUUCUGUCUUCUGCCACCCUCAUCACUGUGUUCACCGUGAGCUGCUUCACAGAGACGCCCUCCAGAGAGAUGGUCAGCCGUCUGACUUGGUUUACUCGUCAUGACCCUGUGGUCCAGAAGGACCCAUUGCCACCUGCAACCCCCCUGUCUCCGACCCUUCCUCUGAAUGGGACUACAGAGGCCACCAGCAUCCAGUUGGAGACAGUUGAAGAGACUAAGAGCAAAGCCCAUAGUGACGAUGUGACCCCCAAGCAGUCCAAGGUGCUGAAGGCUAUCCUGUGGCUCUGUGGAAUGGCCAGGGACAAAGAGGAUCCCCCAAACAAAGUGGAACCUGUUAUAGCUUCCUUGGAGGAAAACCCCUUGGUGAAGACCCUGCUGGACGUCAAUUGCCUGGUGUGCAUCUGCUGUGCCAUCUUCCUCUGGGGCUACUUUGCCUAACGCAGGGUGAGCCCUGGACUCGAAGCUCUCUGUGUGUUUUCAGCGCCCUGUUAUUUUUUUUUUAACAAUAGAAAACAAAAUGAUAAUGAAGCUUGCGUUUGUUUACCAUGAAGCUUCAGAGGUGCUGCUGACAACCCAGUCGGCAUUCUCUUCUCGAAAGGAACGGCUGGCCCCGGAGCUCCUCUCACUGUGGCACUUGCUCCUGCUUAGACUUUAUGGGAAACACACCUGUGUGCCGUGCUGUGCCCUGACACUUCACGCGCUAAAAACCAGGGGCUGUGUGGUGGCACAUACCUGGAAUCCCAGCCCCUGAAUUAGAACUCCAAGUUUGAGGCCAGUUCGGGCUACAUGGCAAGACUCUGUCUCAAACAAAACAAAACAAAACAAAGACAACCCUCCCCAAACAAACAACAACAACAACAACAAAACCCCUAAGUAAUGGUGUUCAUCUAUAAUUCCCAGUUCCUGGGAGGUAGAGGCAGAAGGAACAGGAGUUCAGGGUUAAUGGCAACCAGCCUGGGCAACAUGAAUAUAAAAUAUAAAAGGGAAAAAAUGAGAAAAAGAGGUAACUGUGUGCACUUCUCAAAUUUCAGCUUAGUGGCUGGAGAGAUGGCUCAGAAGUUAGGAGCACUCACUGCUCCUGCAGAGGACCACAGCUUGUUCCCAGGGUCUCCCAGCAACUCCAGCUCCAGGGAUCCGAUUCUCUCUUGUGGCCACUUCCAUGUAGUUACACGCAUGUACACAUACACAUGGACACACAUACACACAUACAUAAAUAAAAAUAAAUCUUUCUAAAACAUUC